CAAGGUCUGAGGCUUGAUGUCUCAACAAUAAGCACUAAUUUAAAAUUGUGCGUUACUACUUCGAGGUUCUUAAAGGUUUCGAAAUCACGUACUAACACUUAUGGUUUUGAUUGUCCUAAUCCCACACACUUGUUACUAAAAUUUGCUAUAAACUGUUUACACCAGUUAAUGUAAGUGCACUUUGUACCUACUGAGUUUUGAGUUCACAUUUUCACUUGUCUUCCUUUUUUAAGCUUUCCUUACACACUCCUACAAACGCUCUCUCAGGAUCUAAUCUUCCUUCAGUUUAGGUAAAAAAACAUCUAUAGCCUUUUGAAACACAUGAGCAGAAAUACCAAUUUGCUAAGUUGUCUGUCCUGUUAUAAACACCACCGUAAAUGUGCAAAAAGUGGUGGCUUAGGCUCUGCUAACUCUGUUAAAAAGCAAAUCCCAGACAAUACUAAACAGGCUGACCAGGAUGGAAGUGCCAAGGAGACUUUAUCUCUGUCAACCAUUAGUCACACUCCGGGUGUUGGAGACGGGGGUUCAGCUAGUUUAGGCGACUGGUCUACAGUUCACCAACUUGAUGGAAUUGAUGCUUCAAAAGUGAAUCUAUUGUGUGAAGGCAGCAGCAAUAACACGUCAUCUGUAUUAGGCGUUCUCAACAGAGUAGAGUUCUGUGAUCGUUUAGAAUCCAUAGUUCUUCGACUUGAAAAGAUAACGCAAACAAUAACCCCAGAAAAAAACCCUGGACUGGUUGCUUUUGAACUAAUCAUUGCUAAUAGCCUUAAAAACUAUCUCGCAUGCAGUAGAAAGUUGGGAGGAAACAUUCAAUCUCAGUCAUUAUGUGUUGAAAACGCUUUUGGCUUCGUCAGGGAUCUCAUUGAACUAUCCAACAUUUAUAGCAAACCAACUGAGAUGGAUAUGGAUAUUCACUUGAAGCCUCUUCAUUUUAAGAUGAUUGAAAUAGCAAACUUCAGGGUUGGAGCCAUGUCUGUACGGAAGUGUCAGUUAUCAACCAUUGCAGAUUCAAUCCUUAUACUGAAUUGGGUUGGGUCUUCUUCAGCACCUCAGUAUGUUAAAGAAUUAAAGGACUCAACAUGGUUGAACGCUAACAAAGUCUUUCAGUAUUGUCGUGAGAGUCUUCCUGAGCAUGUUGAAUGGUUACGCUCAUGGCUUUCUUGUUUGGAUGAGUUGUGCAUAGUUGUUGGAGAGCAUUUUCCAUACGGUCUAACAUGGAACAAAAAUGGUCCCAAACUACCCUUACCAACUGCUGAAAUACAUCCAGUUCAGUGUUUACAAGAAGGUCGUACCAAUACACAUAGAAGAACGUCAAAAAAGGUUUUUCAUCCUAAAUUAUCAGUACAAUCACAACCAGAUCCAGUUGAUGUAACUAAGUUGUUUGCUGAAAUAGCAAGUGUUCAUAAAAAUUUACGUCAUGUCAGUGUACCUGAUAUAUUCUGAUAUGGAGAAUUCUAGUGAAUAUUCCUUGAAAAUAUUUACAAAUCAGUUGGUCCAAGUGUGAUGGUUACAGUCACACAUCAUUUAACUUCACAGCCUACAAAUUUUGCCUUGUUCCAGGGGGAAAAAUCUCGUCUUAUUGCUGGUCUUCUAUUGUGUUUUAUAUUUACUUGGAAAUAACUAUAUAUUUCAUAUUAUUAUAUCAUGCAUUUAUAUUGUUGCUUGUUUGCGCUUUUAAUUAGAUACACAUAUUUCUUGUCCGGUUCCUUUUUCUUUCUUUCUUUCUUUCAAUUUAUCAUUGAAAGAGACGAGAAAGGAAAACACAAAUUUCGAAUUAUUCCACUUUUGUUGAUUUCAAGUAAUGUAUAAUUAGUUGGUCUUAGUGUUUAGUAAACAUUUGCAAAAUUAUUAAAAACCAAUAUAUAUUUUGUGUGGUGGAUGUGCAUGCAUUCUGCCUGUUUUCUGUUUUUGUCUUACAGAUGAGUUUCUAAAUACCUGUCUACGCAUCUUAUUUUUUUGUUCUGGUAGCUAUAAUUAGACACACGAAAAAUAAGUUGUACAUGUCAGUGUGUCAAGAAAAGUAGGAAUAGUUAAAUACAGUAAGAUGGUUUUCUAUGCGAUGAUGUUUCACAUAAUUUAAUGGAUGGUUCUUUAUGACGAACUAAUAAGUAACUGAAAAUCAAGGAACAUCAGAAAACUGUUCUGUCGUAUUUUGAAACUUUUAACCAGUUAACAUUCAUAAUUAUCCGCAUAGGAUUUUAACUUGACACCGUAUUUGUUAGAGAGAACAAUAUGCUAUCGAAUUCGAAAGUCAAUUAAUAUAUCAAUCAUAAGAAAACAAGUUAUUUAAUUUAAUUCAACUGUUAAGUGGUUGUUCUCUGUGUCUAAAACUUUUAACAUGGUACAGAAGUUAGUGGCAACAGUAAAGUCAUCAAGUUGAUAGAGAUAUAUUUUUAAAAAAAUUUUACUAUUAUUAUUAUUAUUAUUA